AAUUUUAUUUUAUUACAGUUAAUAGUGAUUAUGUAAAGCAUAAAUGAAUUCCAGCAUUUUCUUAAUAAAAGUAAACAAACGUAAUAAACCAUGGCCCCAAAUUACCUCUUUGACAACCGAAAAACCAUGGGCGCAGCCAUCUUAACUCAGCGCCACCUUGCAGAGGCCGGUUGCUUCGGCAAUUUCCUGUAAUGGCGGGCAACGAAGAACUUUUCUACGAGGUAGAAAAGUUACUUGAAAGAAGGAUAAAUGCAGAAUCUGGAGGAAUAGAAUAUUUGGUUCGAUGGCGAGGUUUCACAUCCGAAUGGGAUACCUGGGAACCAAAUGAAAACCUACACAGUUGUGCAAGUAAAAUUAAGACCUUUGAGAAAAAUAGAAUGAAGAAAAGAUUGGCCACAGAACACAAAGCUAAGAAGUUGAUCCGAAAAAGUAAACUUGUUAAAGCAAAGAAAAAUGUGAAAGCGAACAAAAAUGUGUUGAUAAAAAACAAUAGUCCAACAACGCUGAAGUCAUUAACCCCCAAACAAAUGGUUGGAGGUGCAAGUUUAAGCCUAGAAGAUGUGUUUAUAGCGGUACUUGGGACUGCAAGCUCGGAGGGGCUUACACCAGAAAGCAUGAAACAGGCUUCAGUACCUAACAGUUUACAUAAACGGUCUUUAAAAGUUCAACACACCAUGAGCGAACCAAAGAAGCUGAAGUUAAGUUCACCCAAAAGUAAUAGUUCUGAUACUCAAAAUGAAAAAUUGGAGACAAUCUUAAGCAAAAAAUUGGAAGUUUUAGUACAAAAAUCUAGUCCAAAAACAAAGUCUUUUGGGUUAAGUUCAGGGAAUAAAGUUGAGUCUAAACCUGCAAUAAAAAGUGCAUUUAGCGCCGUUGUUAAAGCUGAUAAAAAUGCCAAGCAUAGUAAAACUGCAGGUAUUGACAAUGGGAUUGAAACCACUGUCACCAAUGAACUUGAAAAGAAAAAGGUCUGGCAACAGGUUGAUGAUGAAAUUUCAUUUUCUAGUGAAGAUGACUUAAAACUGUCAGACUUAGCACACAAAACGGAACAACUAAAACCUGCAAAGGAAUUGAAGAACAAAUCAAGUGUGACUUUCAGCAAAGCACCUUUAUCAGGGAAAGAUCACAAGAAGUAUAUGAAUAAUUCCGUCAGUGAAGAAUCACCUAUAGCAAUAAACCAUCAAACAUCAAGCACCAAGAAAACUGUUAAAUCUCAAAAACAAGGGUUACCAAAGAAAACAAAAAAAGCACUUGAAGUUGCCGCCGAGUCGUCUGAUGACGAUAGUGACAUUCUUUAUUACCUUCCAGAAGAGUCAGGAAAUUGUAGCCAAAAUAUAAAUCAAAGCAAAUCUUUGACAGAAAAUGAGAAAAAAACUGAGCAAAAUUUUAAUUCAGAUCAUUGUGCAAAUGUUAGGAAAGAAAAAUCACAGGGAUUUUCUAGUGGCAAUGGUCGUAGUAAGUUAACUAGUCCAAAGAAGAUGAAAAUUCGCCUAUUGGACUCUAAAAUGCCUCCAUUUAGUCCCGAAACAAAAGGCCGACCCAUCUCCCCUACGCCAGUGUAUACAACGAUGAAGCACACAGGUGACUCUGGGUCCCAGUCCUUAAUUGCUCGACCCCAGUGGUUAAUGCCGGGGGACGAUGGUGUCACGCCCACUCAUGACCAGCAGGCCUGCCUGCCCAUCAGUCCAGCUUCCAUGUCAUACAAGGUGCUGUUAGAGAACCUCCCUCAACAAUUGCAUCCAAAGAAAAACGGCAAGGGUGGCCGGUUAAGGGAGGCUAGCGAUGCCGAGGACAUCGAACGUCGAGUCAGUAUCCGGACCAGUGAAUGUGCCUUCAAAUUCAAGGAGAUCCUCAUCAAGAAGUGCCAGAAGUACUCCCAGAUAUGGCUUCACACUCACACCAAAAUGAGAAAUGCCUUGAACCCAUUGGUGAUGCAGGAGAUCAUGGCCGCCCUGAGUGCAGCCAAGUAUGACGACAGCACUGUGGUCAUGCUCAGUGGCCUUGGUAACGUGUUCUGCUCAGGGAUCGACCUUCACUACCUCACCACGGGCGACAGGAAGGUUGCAGCCAAGGAGAUGGCAGACUCUCUCAGGGAUUUAAUCAGGAAAUUCAUCAGCUUUCCCAAGCUGAUAGUUGCUGUGGUGACAGGGCCAGCUAUAGGCCUGGGGUCUGCCAUCCUGCCACUCUGUGAUAUCGUGUACGCCAGCGACAAGGCCUCCUUCUACAUGCCGUACGCACAGCUGUCCCAAACGCCAGAGGGAUGUGCCUCUUACACACUGCCCGACACAGUUGGGGCAGCUAUGGCCAAUGAGCUACUGAUUGGAGGACGGAAGAUUACAGCUAUCGAGGCCUGCCAGCUAGGCCUGGUGUCCCAGGUGUAUUGGCCUACCAGCAUGAUGCAGGAGGUCAUACCCAGAAUUCAACACAUGGCACUGCUCUCAGGGAAGGUGCUGGAAACCACAAAGCUCCUGGUGCGCUCCAGAGUGAGGACCAAAUUGGACCUUGCGAAUGAUCAUGAGUGUAACCUACUGGCAGAGAGGUGGCACUCCACUGAAUGCCAGAAAGCCAUAGAGAUGUUUUUGUCUAAUGAUAAAAACUAUGUUCUUUGAUGAAUAAUUGAUCUCACUGUAAACUUUAAUAUAAAGUAGAGAAAGACAUUAAAAUUUGCAGCAAUGAAUUGUAUUCUGUUUUUAAACAUUUAAGUUGUGUUCUGAGAAAACUGGGCUAAAUGCAUGUCCGUAAAGUGUUGUCCUAGAUUAGCCUGUGCAGUUCGCACAGGCUAAUCAGGGACAACACUUUCUGAUCUUAUGGUAUUUUUAGUUUCUAGGAAAUCCCUCGUUACUGAAAAUCAAGUUUAGGCGGAAAGUGUUGUCCCUGAUUAACCUGUGCGGACUGCAACGCACAUGCAUUAAGCCCAGUUUUCUCAGAACAAGGCUAAUUAAAUUAUUUAUAUAUUUAUUUGCAAUUAUCUAUGUAGGAACAUAUUUUUAUCUAGAUGAAUUGAAAUUUCAGAAUUUAACAUAUAAUUAUGAUUAUAUGAAAUUUGAAUGAGUGCAAUUUUAUUUAAAAAUUGUACAUACAUGAUCUUAGUCUUGAGUAAUGUUAUUGACUGGAAAUAGCUAAAACACUAUUUGCGCUUCAUUAUCGUGUGAGUUUUCCCAUCUUUGUUAUUGAUUAUUUCAACUUGUUUACAAAGGAAUGUGUGUACCGGUACACAUGAUCUCACGUGCAUAACACUUGCACAAUAAUAUGUAGCAUGGUAUUUAUGCAUUAUUUAUAAUACCUUUCUCUUAGCAAAUAGAUUUGUUCUUAUCCAUAUGUUUAUUUACUGGGUGAGUUGUAAUGUAUAAUGUAUUGUUGUUAGCGAAUUUUAUGUGCAUGGAACAGACUUUAAUUGUAUGUACUUAAAAAUGUUCUUAUUCUGACAAGUUCAGCUAUUAAUUUUCAUGACUGACACAGACUUGCACUGUCUGGUUAAUUUAAUAUUGAAUUUCUUUAAGUGAUGUCACUCUUGGGUCACUGAUUUCAAUAUAUCAUGAUAUCACAAGUCUGUUACAAACCAGGUAUUUAUAUAAAAAUUAAUGCUUUCUUAUUGCUUGUGCAUAAUAUUUUAUUGAUUUUCAGUAUUUUUUUAGAAAUCUAUACACAAUUUUAAUUUUUCAAUUUUUAGUAAAUUUAUUAAUUUCUUCACAUAAAAGUAAAUCUCAGUUUAUUGUUGUUGCACUCGGAAUGCCAGACAAAAUUCUAAUAAAUGUAAUGUGAAUGUUUGAUCUAAUGUAUUUAUUUAUUUUAAGUGGUUUGUAUAUUAAUAUUUUGCCUGGGCCUGUAUUCACCAACUCAAGACUCAAGAAUAUAGAGGAGACUUAGACCCAAGACAAAUCUCAGGGUUUGCAUUUUUUUGGGCUACCACUGGUGUAUUUGUCAUGAACAAGUGUUCCAAAUGAAGAAUUCAGUUUUUAAAGGUGGUCAAUGCAAAGUCUUACUCAAAUUAAAAUCAAUUCUUAAAUAUUCCAAUUUAAAUAAUAUUCUUUUUUCUUAGACUGAGGAGGAAGAAUUGUGUGGUGAAAAUGGGCCUAGUUUUGUAGUACUGCUGUGUAGUACAUGUAUGUUCCAAUUAAUUGACGAAAUGAAAUAACAAUAGUUAACUACAAAACAAUUGGUGUUAAUAUAAAAAGU